UUGUUCCUGUCAUUUUGAGAGCACUGACAUAUGAUGAGAAGCGGGGGGCAUGCAGCGUGGGCUCCAAUGUGAGAGAUGCUGCCUGCUAUGUGUGCUGGGCCUUUGCUCGUGCUUAUGAUCCUGCAGAACUCAUACCAUUUAUUAAUCAGAUUUCAAGUGCACUGAUUAUUGCUGCAGUAUUUGAUCGUGAUGUUAACUGCAGAAGAGCUGCUUCUGCUGCCUUCCAGGAGAAUGUUGGGAGACAGGGUACUUUUCCACAUGGCAUAGACAUUCUAACUGCAGCUGAUUAUUUUGCUGUUGGUAACAGAGUUAACUGUUACCUAACUAUAAGUGUGUAUAUUGCUGGCUUUCCUCAGUACACACAGCCUAUGAUUGAUCAUUUAGUUAACAUGAAGAUUAACCACUGGGAUAGUGUUAUUCGAGAACUUUCAACCAAGGCUCUGCAUAACCUUACUCCACGGGCUCCCGAAUACAUGGCGAAUGUGGUUUUGCCAAGACUUCUGCCUUUAUCAGUGGGCACAGAUCUGCACACACGCCAUGGGGCAAUUCUUGCCUGUGCUGAGAUCACCCAUGCACUGUGUAAACUAGCAGAAGAGAAUAAUAGAUCUAUAACUCAUUAUUUUGAUGAAAAAUCAUUGGAGGGACUCAAGCAAAUCCAUCAAGAGCUUCGCAGUCGUCAAUUGUACAGGGGUUUAGGUGGUGAACUGAUGAGACCAGCUGUCUGCACUUUAAUUGAAAAGUUGUCACUAUCAAAAAUGCCAUUUAGAGGAGAUCCAGUAAUAGCUGGCUGGCAGUGGUUGAUAAAUGACAGUCUGAGAAGUCUCACUCUUGCUUCAAGCACUGCACGACAGCAUAUAAAGGAGUCUGCUGUCUCUGCACUGGCUGCGCUGUGUAAUGAAUAUUACAUCAAUGAAAAGGGAGAAGCUGAUCCAGCUCUACAGGAUGAGCUGGUGACAAAGUAUGUUUCAGAACUACAAAACACAGAGGAAAUGGUUCGUUGUGGCUUUUCACGAGCUCUUGGGGCUCUUCCAAGAUUUCUACUAAAGGGCAGGCUCCAACAGGUUUUGGAAGGUUUGAAACAAGUUACCUUAAUUUCCCCUGGAAAUGUGAGCUUUGCAGAAGCCAGAAGAGAUGCCCUCAUAGCAAUUGCAGAGGUUUGCCAGACAGCAGGUGUAAAGGGAGAAGGAUCACAGGAAGAAUAUGUCUGCAAAGAUAACGUUGCUCAGAUUUAUGCUACGCUACUUAAUGCUGUGACUGACUACACCACAGACAGCCGAGGAGAUGUUGGAGGAUGGGUGCGUGAAGCUGCCAUGAGAAGUUUGAUGGAAGUGACGCUUCUGCUGGUUCAGAACGAAGCAGAGUUAAUUGAUGGCAACAUCUGCAAACAGAUCAUGUGCUGUGUGGCUCAACAGUCAGCUGAAAAGAUAGAUAAAUUCCGAGCUCAUGCAGGAUCUGUGUUCCUUACUCUCUUACACUUUGACCAUCCUCCAAUUCCACACAUACCUCAUCGAGAAGAGCUGGAAAGGAUAUUUCCAAGGUCAGAGAAAGAGACUCUAAACUGGAAUGCUGCAUCAGAAGCUUUCCCUCGAAUCACCCAGCUUUUGGCUUUGCCAGCAUACCAAUACUCUGUGCUUUUGGGUCUCUCUGUGUCUGUUGGUGGAUUGACAGAGACAACGCUCAGAUACUCUGCCCAGAGCCUUUUUGACUACAUGAAGAAAAUCCAGAAUGAUUCCAGCACUUUGGAGAGUUUUUGUGGCACGCUUCUGAAGGUCUUCGAGGACAACCUGCACAAUGACCGGGUGUCUGUACCUCUCCUGACAAUGCUGGACCAAAUGCUGGCAAAUGGCUGUUUUGACACCUUUACCAUGCAAGAGAACCAUCCCUUUCCAGUGAAGUUAUUUACCCUUUGUAAAGAAGAGAUCAAGAAAUCCAAAGACAUCCGGAAGCUUCGCUCGAGCAUAGGAGUGUUUUGUGGCCUGAUUCAGUUUCAAGGAGACAUGAGAGAGAAAGUUUUCUUUCAGUUGUUUCUUCUCCUUUGCCAUCCAUUUCCUGUAAUACGGAAAACAACAGCCAGCCAAGUGUACGAGAUGCUGAUAACCUACAGUGAUGUGGUGGAUCCUGCCAUCGUGGAGCUGGUUCUGACCAUACUCAGUGAUACCAACUGGGAAGCUGAACUGCCUGUUGUGAGAGAGAAGCGCAACUGCCUCUGUGAUCUCAUGAACGUGCCCAAACCACAGCUGGUGUCCAAGAAAAACCCAGGAGGGUCCAGUGAAAAUGAUGAGCAUCUGUCCAUGCAAACAGGCAUCUGGCUGCCAGAUGCUGGUACAGACACAACUACUUUCACACAGUCCCAGUUGGAGGUUGCCCCGCUCCAGUCACAGCCUGGCCCUGUGCAGGGCUUCACCUCAGCCAGCACCGUCUGCUGCGUCCAGGGGCAGGGAAUGGCAGAGUGA